AUGGAAAGCACCAACCGUGCCCGGCAGUCUCCGCCAGAUCUGUCUAUCAGUGGGCCAGGCACAGCGCAGGGUCCUGACGUCGCAGACGCCGCCCAACUGGACCCUGUGGAGGCGGGAUCGAACAAUGCAACAUCACAAAGAGUUCCCAAAAAGCGUACCAAAACAGGAUGUUUAACUUGCCGCAAACGUCGCAUCAAGUGCGGCGAAGAAAAGCCGACAUGCAAUAAUUGCGUAAAAUCAAAACGCGACUGUCAAGGCUACGGGCCCCGCCUGAUCUUCAAGAACCCAUUGGGCAUCUCAGGUCCCGGGUUUGGCCAGCAGCCGGCCUUCAGCGUGCAGACACAGUCAGCACCAGUCCCAAGUGAGCACUCGGUGUCUCAGCAAAGAAAGGACAGACCAGAUCAGCCUGCUAUAGCUCCAAAGCUGUCUUUGCCACCCGAUGCAGAGACCCGGAAUCCAACCGCUACCUUCUCACUGAACGAGGCUCCUGGGAUUAGCAGGACUCCUCCUCAGCCAGCAGUCUCAGGCCAGGUCCACCUUCCUUCGAGUUCGGAGAACUCGUCCGAAAGCUAUACACCACCGGACACCCUCGCGUUCCUUGAUCACCAAAGACGGCAGCUGUCGACUGAUCUGGGGGCGGGCUACUCAUGGUCGGAUGCUGUCUCAUAUUCUCAAGGAGGCCCUUGGCUGCCGAAUACCGCACCGUCUGGUGUAAAUUUACUGCAAGACCAAGUUAGAACAGCUUCGUCUGCACAUGUGCCUCUCUCGCAGUCAUCAACAUCGCCGUAUGGAGAUUUUAUGGAAGAUGACGGUGAGGAUGAAUACUACAGUGGUGAAUCAGAGGAGGAACGGGAAGACCAGAUCUCCGUGCAGAACUACAACCAGCUUAGCCUUAUUAUGGCAUCUGCCAAUCGCGACGAGCGGCAGCUGCGUUCUUUCACUACAUAUUUGAAUGAGCCAAAUGUACUCGGCUCGUACAUCCCCACAUACGGCUCAUCACCCUUGAACAAUCCGAAGACGGCCCGAAUCUUCUUGCAUUUCAUCCAUUCCACCGGACCAUCGCUAUCUGUCUUCGAGCGUCAUCCGAUCGACCCAUCCACCAUGCUUGGCGCCCCCGUACCAACCGCCCAGCAGGGCCUAUGGACAUAUACCCUCCCUCUUAAGGCUCUCGAGAGUCAAGUUUUGCUGCAAGCUAUCCUCGCCUUGAGCAGCUUACAUAUCUCCUUCCUCCAACAAGCACCCCCAACGGUUUCGUUGAAGCAUUAUCACUACGCUCUGAGAAGAGUCGGUGUGGCUGUCGGGCUUCCCACGCGCCGCAAGCAGAUCACCACCCUGGCUGCUACCCUGCUUCUAGGAUAUUACGAGGUGAUGGGUGCUGAUCACUCGAAAUGGAACAGCCACGUGGCAGGGUCGGCGCAACUGGUGCGUGAGAUUGAUUUUGCUGGCAUGACUCGUGGGCUCCGCGCCCAGCGACGGAGAGUAUGGGCUCAGCGACAGCAAAUGCAGCCGCCGGUCAUGGCACUCACAGACAGCUACCUUUUUGGAGAUCCCACGUCGGACGACGACCCUUUCGCAGAGAAGGAAAGUAGCAUCAACGAGCAGUUCAUCGGGACUCUACUUGGAAGAGCCGCAAACUACGACGAAUUCGGGCAGAUUAACGAUGAGAAUGGGAACCCUCGUCAGUACAAGCACUUCACACGGAAAGAUAUCGAGAACUAUCGGAUCCAGUGUGACCUGUACUGGUGGUACUGCAAGCAAGAUGUCAUGCAAAGUAUCAUCAGCGGUUGCCCUUUGUUCAUGCCAUACUCCCAAUGGGGUCAAUGCCCUCCCCGCGCGGGUAUGGGCCGGCUGGACGCUAUCUACGGGUCUGCAGACCACCUGUGGCUACUUCUAGGUCGCUUGGCAGAAUUCGGCUAUCGUGACAGGAAACGAAAACUGAGAACGGCUAAGACUACAGGCAUGGAGUGGCGCCCGGAUGCCAAUCUGGGCAAAUUUAUGGCCCGGUUCUCCAGAGGACCACCCGGACCACCAGGCCGAGGACCACCUCCUGCUGGUGGCCCGGGGGGUCCUGCACGACCAUCUCCACGCGGUGCAGCAGAUAUGCGCCGUGGUGGUCCACCCACCGGCCCCGGCCCAAACGCCCCGCCCAUGUACGGCAUGGCACCGUCCAGCGGCCCACGCCGCGCCCCCGCCGUGUUCCUCAACACCCGGGAAUCCCAGCACCACCACCAUCAGCCUCUCGAAGAGGAAGAAGAGGAUACCUCGUACCAUGACGCCGAGAAGGAAUGGGAGAGUAUGGUGGCGGCGUUCGACGCAUUCCUCCCGGCCCUAGGAUCAUACUUUAUGCCUUUACCCGCGGACUCGGUGCCGCCGAUCUCGACCCCGUUCGGCUCCGCCCUGCAGUACCGGACGCACACGAUCGCCACGACCUGGUGCUUCUACUACACGGGGCGGAUCCUCUUGCACCGGCUACACCCCUGCAUGCCGCCGGCGAUGAUGGUCGCCGCGGGCGUGGCCGCCGCCACCACGGCGGAAUACGCGCAGAUCAUCGGCCGCAUCGCCGCGGGCGUCUACUACCCGCAGUCCUUCCACCUCGAGGCCGGCAGCCUGAGCCCGACGCUGGGCUCGUGCUUGAUCGAGAUCACGGUGCCGCUGUUCUUUGCGGGAGUCCAGUACACAGACCCCGCGCAGCGCGAGUGGCUGGUCACCGAGCUGCUGGACCUCAACCGGCUGAGCGGCUGGCGCACCUCGGACGCGAUCGCGCGCGGCUGCGAGAAUGCGUGGGUCGUCGCCGCCGCGCAGGGCCGCGGGCCGCCGUACACCCGUCGCGAUAGGACUCUCAACAAGCCGGUGUCCAUGUGGACCCCGCCCCCGGAGGAGGAAAGCGGCGGCGGUGGCGGCGGUGGCCCGUACAACAGCUCCGAACGCCGGUUCGUCACGGUCAGCAAGCGGCCGAACGCGAAUUGGGCGAUGGGCAUCCUGAGUCUCGAGGAUGAUAUCCUGAACUUGGAUAUCAAUGAUCGGACGUGA